AUGCCCGCUGAUAGAUACUAUCUAGCAGAUGCAGGUUACGGGUUAACAAUGAACUUCUUGACGCCUUACAGAGGUGUUCGCUAUCACCUAAAGGAGUUCUCUCAAGGGACCCAAAAGCCUCAGAACCCAAAAGAGCUUUUCAAUCUCCGGCAUGCUUCGUUACGGAAUGUGAUAGAACGGGUCUUUGGUGUUCUCAAAAAGCGGUUUCCGAUCCUAAAGUCACAAUCCGAGUAUGGUUUUCUGACUCAGGUCCAUCUUGUCAAAGUCCUUUGUAUUCUGCACAACUUUAUCAAAAGGCAUGGAGAUACCGACAAUAUAGUGCUAUCAGUUACCGAUGAGGAACUGUUAGAGGCCCGGGAGUUUGAGGAUAUGGUUCGCAACCGAACGAUGGACAGACAUGUUAUUGUUCCUGCACCCCGAGAAGAAAAGGCAAGAGAGAAAGUUAUGAGGGAGAAAAUUGACAGUUCUCCCUGA